UAUGACGGAAUAUCAAACACCUACUACAGCUUAAAUAUGAUCGACCGCUCCGAUUGUGGUCAAGGUGGGAAAGAAAUAUUCACAAUGGGAAAUUGCUCUUCUCUCAAAGGAACCUGUGGGGAGUGUCGUAACUCUAUCAGGGUCCUUACAGAUUCUGGGGGUAUCCUACAGUUUAAAGGUCCUAAGUUAGCUUCGGAAAUCCUCGCUGGUUUUCCAGGCUAUGGCAUUUUUCAGCAGGGCAAGGCCUCGGUGCCAUUGCCUGAGGAAGAGGCCUUAACUAGUGGCCAGUUCUACCUUCUUCCACUGAGGACUAAAGAGGAAGUGCCUGCUGAUUAUGGGGUCUCUGUAGAAGUUCAAGAAAUGGGUGCUAAUGAAGAUUUGGAUGGUGCAGAAGAAGCUGAGCCGGUGAAGAAGUCGUUUGGGGGUGCAUCGGAUUGCGUGGAGAAUUUGGCAAAUGGGUCAGGAGGAGGUCUGGAAGUAAUGCCGUGUGGAGGAGAUGGGGUUUGGAGAGUGAAGCUUGUGAUUGACACUAAGCAGUUAGAGGAGAUAUUGUCUGAAGGCAACACUCUGGCUCUGAUAGAGAUGAUGAGGAUGGCUGCAACAGCAAGUGCUACACCGAAGCUGCAGAGUAAGAGCCUAUGGGGUUCAGGAGGAGGUGGGGUUGGAAUUGGAAGCCUAUCUUCUCCAACAUGUUUAAGGCCCCCACGGCCAUAACUGCCCCUAUGGCCGGCCGUAACUGAUCAAAGUGGGAUGUGAAGGCCAAGUAGGUUGCUACUACUUGCUAGGUUGUGUGUGGUGCUAUGAAACUUCACGUUUCUCUGUACCAUUAUCUGAGAUUUAUGAGAGUGAAUCAAUCUGCUAGAAGAUCAAUGAUCCCCUCAAUUUAGUUCUUUAUUAUGUUAGAUUAUCAAGGUGAACUAUGUUCCACUAUUUUGUAGAUAUAAUGAAAGUGAAGGUUGUUACGAACA